UUCAAACAUCAAAAUGUCCGACGCUAUUUAAUUGGGAAUGGCGUCUUGAUUUAUCAUUUAGUGACGCUAUAUUACUUUCAGGUGAAAAUAUCGUUACUGGGGUUUUAAAGAGAAGACAAGCUAUUAGGAAGUUAUUUUAUAUCUUUUCAGCGUGUUAUGGCUACAACAAACAGCUACAAACAAAACACAUCAAUGUCGAUGCCAAGCCCUCAGAACAAUACGCAAUACAUGAUUGCGGGGCCCCCAAUGAGUUUCGGUAUGAUGAAAGGCGGUAUGAAUGCACCGCCGCACCAUAACCACGUGUACCACCCUCAAUACCAGGGUGGGGGGGGCCUGGGUCCCCCCGGGGUUCAUGGGGGGUACGGUUGGCAACACUCGCCGCGUUUCGCUGCAGAGAGCGCUCGCAGGGCUGCCGGUGCGGCCUCGCAGCCCGGGAAAGAUGACAAGACGAGCCCAUUCGUGUCAACUAUACAUUCACAUCCCGGAUUCCAACCACAGAAGAUUGGCAAAGGAACUGGUGGGGGUGCUGGACUGCCAAAACCACCGAAACCACCAGAAAAGCCACUUAUGCCAUACAUGAGAUAUUCAAGAAGGGUUUGGGACAGUGUGAAGGCAGCAAACCCAGAUCUAAAGCUAUGGGAAAUCGGCAGAAUUAUCGGUGGUAUGUGGAGAGAUCUGCCCCAGUCAGAAAAGUAUGCUUUUGUGGAUGAAUAUGAAGCUGAGAAGUCGGAAUACGAGAAGAGUUUGAAGACAUACCACAAUUCCCCGGCGUACCUCGCGUACAUCGCCGCCAAGAACAAGGCUGUUGGUAAGGUUGGGAAUCUGGAAGAAGAGAGUUCAAGCAAGAAGGGAGGUUCACAGAAGGAGUCACAGCAGCAAGACAGAAGAAUUGACAUCCAACCAGCUGAAGAUGAAGACGAUCAGGACGAGGGUCUGUCAGUGAAGCACGUGGCUUACGCCCGCUAUCUUCGUAAUCACCGUCUCAUCAACGAGAUCUUCUCCGACACGGUGGUGCCGGAUGUAAGGUCGGUGGUCACCACCGCUAGGAUGCAGAUUUUAAAGAAGCAGGUACAAUCGCUGACGAUGCAUCAGAAGAAAUUGGAAGACGAACUUCAACAAAUUGAAGAGAAGUUUGAAGCAAAGAAAAGGAAGUUCAUAGAGAGCAGCGAGUCCUUCCAGGAGGAGUUGAAGAAGCAUUGUAAGCCAGCGGUGGACGACGAGACGUUCGCUAGAAUGGUGGAGCGAGCGGUCGAUCAGCAGAGAAGGGGUGCUGCUGGACCACACCCACACCCGAAUCACCCACACCCCUCGCACCCUCACGCGACUCACCCUACGCAUCCUUCACACCCGACACAUCCCCACCACACGGCACCACAACACGCUCAGCCGGCACACCCUCGGCCUCAUGAGCCAAUGGAUCAAGAUCCGCCCAAACCAGAGGCGAACGGCCCCAACGCUCCCACUCAAGUCGACAAAGUGUCUACCACGGAGGGGAAACAGGACACAAACAUCACCACGGAGUUGAAGGCUGAUGAGAAACAGAUCCAGGAAGGGGAAGGUGAUCGUAAAGAAGAUAAGCCGAUUGAAAUGAAAGUCGAGAGUAAGGAGGGGCCUCCGCCGGCCGGGCCGCCACAGCCACAAAUCACAUCGCCCCCACACCCAGCUAUGAUGUUACCUCCGGGAGCUAGCGGUCCGCCACCCGGAGCCAACCACGCCCCUCCACCUCCCGGUGGUUAUGGCUCAGCGCCGUACGGUGGACGUUACUAUCCAGGCUACGGUGUGGGAGGAGUAGGUCCCGUGGGUCCUGUGGGCGGUGUUGGACCUGUGGGCGCUGUUGGACCCGUGGGCGCUGUCGGACCCGUGGGCGGUGUGGGCCCAGUGGGUGGCGUCGGCGGUUUCCCUCCAUACUCGCACUACUUCCCAGCGGAGCACUAUUCACACCACCCACAGCACCCCGCUCAUCAUGACGUUAAGCCUGAGGAACCGCCGGCCAAGAAGGAGUCCGAAUGAUUGUCACCGAAACGCGUCGUUAAACGGCGCAGGAAGUCAUCGUCCAAGGAUCAACAGUGAAUAUUUUAGUCAUUUUUAAAUAGACUUGAACCUUUGAACAUUACUAACAUGAAACAAUACUGUCAAGUCUGCAAAAAUCGACUAAACUUGGAUGUGAUGUGUAAGAACACUUGCGUGUGACUGAUAUUAUUAAUAACUACUGUAGUUAGUAACAGUAGCAUAAGAAAUUACUUUUCAUGAGUUUUUAAAGCAGAGAAUGUUUACUUUAUAUGUGGAAUCUGUAUAAGGUUUAUAUUAAUUUGAUUAUUUCUUAGGGGAUAUUUGAUGAGCUCCAAACGUAGUACUAGUUAGUGUAGUUUACUAUAAUUAUAGUCAUACUAAGAAUAGUUUGUGUAACUUAGGAGAAAUUAAGAUAUAAUUUUGUAACACUAUAUACAUUUAAUGUUCUUAGACUAUAAGUAUAUAUUAGAUUACUUAAAAUUUAUAAUAUGAUACUUAAGAGUACACUGAUAUUGAUUUAAUUAGUGUGAUUUAUCUAUUUUCUUCAAUUUCUAUCCUGUUACUGUUUCUGCCGAAUUGAGCUAUUAUAGGCUGACCACCCAUUAUGGUACCAUUCACUUCUUCAAGAGCUUGUAUAGCUAAGUCUUCACCUGAGAAAGAUGAGAAAUAUAUUCAGAUCUUAGUGAAACUAAUUUUAGAUUAAGAUUUAAGUAACAAUAUAAGUAAUCCGAUACUUUUGUAAUAUCAAUAAAUAUAAUGUGUAAAUAAAA